AUGAGAGAUUCUGAUGCCAAUAUUGGCACUAGUGCUCAGGAAGGAAAAGCAGCAAAUCCUUUUGAUUCACCAAAUCAGGAAGAUAUGUUAACUGAAAAACGUGCACAAAAACAUGCACAGACAGUUAUUGCUGUUCAGGUGAAUGAAUCUGGGACUGGAAAAGCAGCAGAAUAUGGGAUAAAUGCAAUAAAUGAUUUACAAAUCCAUCAAGCUACACCAAGUGUUAAUGCAACUGGUUUUUCCAGUAUAAGCAGAGCAAAAAUUGCAAGAAGAGCUUCUAUAAUCAAACCUCCUAACCCAGGAUUUAAUAAAUCCUCUAAACACAAGAUAGUGAGACAGUUUAUUCAAGAAUACAAUCUCUCAUUGUUGGGUCUUCUGGAAACUAAAAUUCCUGGUAAUAAGCUUCAAAGUUUGGCUAUGAAAAUAACAAAAGACUGGAAGUGGAUUUCUAAUGUUCAUGAAGCUGGUAAUGGAAGGAUUUGGUUACUGUGGGAUAGUGACAUUCUUACAGUGCAAGAAAUAAUCUUAACAGACCAAUACAUUACCUGUCGGAUAGAAUCCAGAGAUGUAAUGUUACUGGUCCCUGGGUUAUUGGAGGGGAUUUCAAUGCAAUCACUGGUUGAUCACUCUCCUGCUCUUCUAACCAUUGAAGAUGAUAUUAUAACUGGUAAGAGGCCAUUCAAAUUCUUCAACAUGUGGGUAAAGCAUCCUGACUUCAUGUCUACAGUCAAAGCUAUUUGGGAACAAAACAUAGAUGGUUUUAAAAUGUACAGUUUCCAUUCCAAGCUCAAAAUGCUAAAGACUGCUCUUAAAGAUCUAAAUAAGAAGCACUAUAUGAAUAUUAGUGAGCAAGUUCUUAGAGCAAAAAAUAGCUUAACUGAAGUUCAAGGGCUACUGUCUGGGGAUCUUUUCAAUCCUGAUCUGAUAAGAAGAGAAAAAGAUUGUAUCAAAAAAUAUGAAAGGCUUCUGGACUGUGAGUCAUCUUUUUACAAGCAGAAAGCAAACAUUAAUUGGUGUCUAGAUGGGGAUAAAGUUCAUCCUGAUCCAAUGGUUAUUGCAAAUGGGCCUCUUCUAUCUCCUGAUCAAAGCCAUGAGCUGAGCUCUCCAGUUACAAGGGAUGAGAUUAAACAAACUGUCUUUUCUAUGGCAAAUGAUAAAAGUCCAGGUCCAGAUGGUUUCAGUGCCAUCUUCUUCAAAGCAUCUUGGAGUAUUAUCAGUGAAGAACUUUUCUCUGCAGCGGAGGAAUUUUUCAAAUCAGGAAAACUGCUCGGUACCUUCAACUCUACUUCUAUUACUUUGAUUCCUAAGAUUCAUAAUCCUCAAUAUGCUGCUGAUUUUAGACCUAUAUCUUGCUGCAAUUGUGUGUAUAAAAUCAUAACCAAAAUCAUUGCAUCCAGAAUUCAAAAGGUAGUGGGAUAUCUGAUAAGUGAUGCUCAGAGUGCUUUUGUGAAGGGUAGGCUUAUAUCUAGCAAUAUCCUUUUAGCACAUGAGAUUGUUAAGCACUAUGGUAGGAAAAACAAUUCCCCUAGAGCCAUAUUAAAUAUUGAUUUGAGGAAGGCUUUUGAUACAAUUAGUUGGGUGUUCAUCAAUGACAUGCUGAAAGGUUUAAGAUUCCCAGACAACAUGAUUUCCUGGAUUAUGGAGUGCAUCUCUACCCCAAGAUUUUCCAUAUCUAUAAAUGGUACUCCUCAUGGGUAUUUUCAAGGUGCUAGGGGUUUGAGGCAGGGAGAUCCCUUAUCGCCUUAUUUGUUUGUUAUUGGAAUGGAAUAUCUGUCUAUGAAAUUAAACACUCUCAAGGGGGACAAGCUCUACAGGUUUCAUCCUAAGUGCUCAAGACUGAAAAUAACUCAUCUAGCUUUUGCGGAUGAUCUUCUUCUUUUUGGCAGAGCUGAUAUGUAUACAAUAUCAAGGCUAAGGGAUUGUCUAGCUGAAUUCAAGAUUUCUUAUGGGGGCAUAAAAUUCAUCUGGUGA